AUGCGAAUAAGUUUGUUUUAUAUUUUUACCUACAAAUUUCAUCCUGCAUUUCUUCAUAACUACAUCAUUGGCGAAGAAUUGGGUUCAGGUGGCUAUGGCUUUGUUUUAUCAGCUCGCGAACGCUCAACAGGUAUAGAAAGAGCAGUAAAGUUUAUCUUUCGUAACAAAGUGCCUUUACACAACUGGGUGAAAGAUCGCGAACUUGGACCGAUCCCAAUGGAAGUCUAUAUUUUAAAGAAUGUUCGACACCCAAGCGUUAUUGGCUAUGUUGAUUUUUAUCAAGACAAUUACUUUUGCUACCUCGUCAUGGAGUUGCAUGGCACACAAUGGUCAGCUACACCCAACGCUGUCAACAGCAACACCAACUACACAACUACUCACUUUGAGCAACCAAGAUCUCCAGCGCUAUCAGAAACAUCUUCUUCUGGCAGUACAAGCUCCUAUUGCUCUAUCGACACUCCUCUUGAAGAGUACCCUUCCUUUGAAACAACCAACAAAAUGAAUCAACAACAGCAAGAAGCGCCUUGUGUUAUCAAGAGACGUACUUCAUGUGAUUUAUUUGAAUGUAUCGAACGUCACCACUCUUUCGAAGAACCUGUCGCUAAAAUGAUCUUCAAGCAAAUUGCUUCCUGUGUUGCUUACCUUGACAAAAUUGGCGUUUGCCAUCGUGAUAUCAAGGAUGAAAAUAUUGUCAUUGAUGAUCACUUUCAGGUCAAAUUGAUCGACUUUGGUUCUGCUGUACUCCUACCGCGUCAUUAUGGCGAUAACACUAAUUAUUUGUUCAGUCAAUUUUACGGCACUGUCAGUUUCGCCUCACCGGAAAUCUUAUUAGGUAGACCCUACCGUGCUGAACCUGCAGAAAUUUGGUCACUUGGUGUGUUACUCUAUACAAUUCUAUUUGGUGAAGUCCCUUUCUACGACUCCAAUAUGGCAAUCGCUGGUCAGUUUGCUCAACCAAAAAGAAGCGUAUCUCCCGAAUGUUACAACCUCAUCUCUUGUAUGCUUAAUCGCUCUCCCGAAAAAAGACCUUCCAUCCACCAGGUCCUUAAUCACCCUUGGUUUUUCGAGUUUUAA